AGCUUCCUCGACCUGCACGCCAUUCCCACUCCACUCCGCUCAAAACUGCCGCCUCCGCCUCGCGGGCUCGGCGCCCGCCACCUCCAGCUCCGCUCCGUCUCGCCAACUUCCAAAUGCCCAUUCUUUCCACAAUGCCCUCGUCCCCGCCGCCUCCGGAGCCCGCUCCGACCCCGGCGCCGCCUAUGGACACCGCGUGGGCGCGCGCGCUCCGCAGGCUGCUGCCCCCGGGCGCGCCGCUGCCUGACGAGGACCACCUCGACUACUCAUUCUCCGUCGACCUCCCUGACGCCCCCGCCGCCAGGGGCCCGCCGUCUCCUUCCGCCGCCGUUCCGCGUCCCCUCCCGGUCCCGCUCCCUGGCCACCGCCGCCGCAUCUCGCGCCUCCUGUUCCGCACCGCUCCCGCCCCUCCUCCCCGCUGCGCGUCCCCCUCGCCACCCUCCUCCCCGGACGCCGCCCCCACCCCCACCUCCUUGUCCUUGUCCACCUCACCGCCGCGAGCUCCGGAGUCCCCUUCGCCUCCUCCUCUCCCUCAGCUCCACCCGCCGGCUCCGGCCCACGGCGGCGGUGGCGGCAGGCGUCGCGCGUGCGCGAGGUGCGGCAAGGGGGGACGCAUCGCGGUGGCAAUGGGCAUCCUGGGAGACCAGCGCCAGGAGGAGUGCCUGGCCUGCGGAGCGCGUUAUUGCGCCGGAUGCGUGCUUCGCGCCAUGGGCUCCAUGCCGGAGGGCCGCAAGUGCGUCGCCUGCAUCGGCGCGCCGGUGGUCGACCCGCGCCGCCGGGCGCGGCUUGGGAGGGGUUCCCGGCUGCUUGCGCGGGUGCUGGCGCCGGAGGAGCGAAGACAGGUCAUGCGCGCCGAGCGCGGGUGCGCGGCCAACCAGGUGCGGCCGGAUGAGGUGGUCGUCAACGGGCGGGGGCUCUCGCAGGGGGAACUGGAUCUUCUGCUCGGGUGCGCCGUGCCGCCGUACCGCCUUGUGCCGGGUCGGUACUGGUAUGACAAGGACUCCGGUCUGUGGGGCAAGGAAGGUGAGAGGCCAGAUAGGAUUGUUAGUUCAAAGUUAAGUGUGGGAGGAAAGCUGCAAGCAGAUGCUAGCAAUGGCACUACACAAGUAUUUGUAAAUGGGCGGGAGAUCACGAAAACUGAACUCAGGAUGCUUAAGCUGGCCAGUGUACAGUGUCCGCGAAAUACUCAUUUCUGGUUAUAUGAUGAUGGAUCCUACGAGGAGGAGGGACAGAACAUAAUAAAAGGAAACAUUUGGCGAAAGGCAUCGACUCGUCUUAUUGCUAACCUUUUUUCGCUGCCAAUACCUCCUGGAUAUUCUCAUGUUUUGAAAGGAGAUGCUACUGGAGACUCAGGUAGGUUUGUUCCAGAUUACCUGGAGCAGAAAAGUGUUCAGAAACUUUUACUGAUUGGAUUAGAAGGAUCUGGAUCAAGCACAAUUUUCAAGCAGGCAAAGUUUCUAUAUGGAAGCAAGUUCUCUCCAGGAGAAAUACUUGACUUGAAGCUCAUGAUACAAAUUAAUGUUUACAGAUAUCUUAGCACACUGCUUGAAUGGCGAGAAUGCUUUGAGGAUGAAGCUUUGAAAGAAGAGAGAGAACUUUGCACAAUUGAUAAAGCCGCUGGUGAAACAGGGGUAGCUCAGACCAGGUCAUCUCUAUAUUCGCUGAAUCAAAGACUGAUGCAGUUUGCUGACUGGCUGUUGGAGAUAGUUGCACUGGGUGAUCUGGAUGCCUUCUUUCCUGCUGCAACUCGAGAAUAUGCACCAAUUGUUCAAGAGGUUUGGAAAGAUGCUGCUAUUCAAGCAACACAUAAAAGGAAUAAUGAGUUCUAUUUUCUUCCAGAUGUUGCCAGCUAUUUUCUGGAUAGGGUGGUUGAAGUAUCAAGCAACGAAUAUGAACCAAUAGAGACAGAUAUUUUGUACGCAGAAGGUAUCAACCAAUGGAAUGGUCUAUCUUUGCUUGAAUUCUCACUUGACGAUCGAUAUACAUUUACUGAAUCUUAUGUGGACAAGCCUGAUGAUCCAUCCAUGCAAACGAAGUAUCAGUUAAUGCGUAUCAAUUCUAAAGGACUUAAUGGAGGCUUGAGGUGUUUGGAAAUGCUAGAGGUGCGGGCCAUCAUCUUUUGCAUCUCGCUGGCAGACUACGAUCAGAUGUGGGUGAAGAGCUCAGGAGAGCCUUGCAACAAGAUGAUCACCAGCAGAGACAUGUUUGAGGACGUGAUCACGCACCCUUCCUUUCAGGACACCACCUGCGUGCUUCUCCUGAACAAGUAUGACACAUUCGAGGCAAAAAUCAACCGUGUGCCCCUAACAGUAUGCGACUGGUUCGCCGACUUCAGCCCUGUGAAGCCACACCACACGCACCAGUCACUUGCCAGCCACGCCUACUACUACAUUGCAUUGAAGUUCAAGGACCUGUACUCCACCAUCACCAACCGAAAGCUCUUCGUGUUCCAGACCAAAGCCCUAGAGCGGAAAACGGUGGACAAUGCAUUCAGGUUCAUCAGGGAGGUGCUAAGAUGGGAUGAUGGUAAGAACAGCGAUGCUUUCGGCAGCGUUGACGAGUCGUUGUGUAGUAUGGACAUGAGCUCAUAGUCAUAGUUUGCAUUUGCUGAGAAGGAAAUUUCGCCACCAUCACUAAAUUUUACCUUACCCAGAUUUGACAUACUGCACAAGAUGUGACACGGAAAGCCGAGCCAUGAAUCUUUGAUCCUGCUGUACUCUGUUGGACAGCUAUAUCCGUCGGACAGUUUAGAAGUUUUAUCUAGUCACUAAUGAUUUCAUGUGCAUAUAAAUUAUUACAAGCCCCUGUUUGUUUCGCUGUCUGUAUUAUAUAAUCCAGCUUAUAUGUCC